UGCGUGCCGGAUCAUCAACUUUUUUUAGUGAUACCGUUUGCAGCAAAUUUUUGCGUUUCCACGUUUGCAACAUUUGUGCGUUUGCGUGGUAAGUAUGCUCUGAACACAUUUUCGAGUGUGAGGUUCUUCAAAACCUCCAGAGUCCAGGAAGUUUAGGAGGCCUUAAAGGAAGGAAUCAUGCUGGUGCCAGUGGUGUGCUUGUGGAUGCUGCUGCUGAGCAGGGCAGAAGCUCAAUCUCUAACUCCAGGUAGCAUUCUCACGCCCGGAAGCAAUCGCUUCUGGACGUCCUCCAACGGCAUGUUCGGCUUGGGAUUCUUCAAUUCAUCAGCCCCCACCACUGAAAUUCAUGUCGGGAUUGCUUUCGUGGAUCAGAUGCCUCCGACGCUGGUAUGGAUGCCCAAUAGGACCCAGAGUUUGAGCAGCAACAGCAGCUUGCAAGUCACAGACUCCGGUCUCGUAAUCAUCGAGUCUGGCGAGACAGUGUGGCGGAGCGGUGCAGCUGGAGCGGUCGUAGCAGAAGCCGAGCUCCUGGAUGUGGGAAAUUUCGUGUUGAGAUCUGCAAGCUCCAACAUAGUGUGGCAGAGUUUUGAUUUCCCCACGGAUACUCUGCUACUGGGACAGAAGCUACUGCCGAUUGCUGGCCAGGCUCUUUCAUCUUGGAGGACCAAGGCUGAUCCAAAGCCAGGGCCGUUCUCGAUGGUCAUGGACGGGGACAUGUCCAAGCCGCGGCUGCUGUACCAAGGUGCAAUCGAGUACUGGAGCUGGACCACAGCGAAGUUCAAUGAGUUCAGAUUCUCGGAUGAUCCUGGGAACGAGACUACCGGGAACCUUACUGUUGGUUCGAUCAUCCAGGAUUCAUACUGCGACGCGCAGCUGGUGAGCACCGAGUUCGCGAAUUACAGGAAGAGGCUCACACUCGAUCCGGACGGUAACUUUCGGUACUAUGUCCGAGCACCGAAUUCAACCAAGUGGGGGGUGGUGUGGAGAGCUCUCUUUGAUGCCUGCGAUGUGUACAGCACCUGCGGUAUUAACGGCUUGUGCGACUUCAAUUCUCCAGCCAACUCCAAGCCUCCCGCCGGCUGUCCCGUGGCUGAUGAAGAUCCACACCCGUGCAGUUGUCCACCCGGCUACCGUCCCGUCGACUCCAGUGAGCCGCAGAUUGGAUGCCAGCCCCAGGAACCGCUCAGGUGCCCAUCGAGAGACUUCCAAAAGCUUAACGACACUGUGUUUGCGGAGCUCUUACCUUCAAAAGAAGCCGACUACAGAAACAUCAAGGAGUCCGAGUGCGUAAUCAACUGCGGGAACCAGCUGAACUGUAGCUCCUGCGCUGCUGCCGUGUAUUCCACGGCUUCUUCCGAGUGCUGGCUCGUGGCGUCACCUCUUGUGAACGGCAGCAUCUCUUCGAGUUCAGGUAAGCUUGUUUACGUGCGAGUGCCACCCUCGAAUUCAUCAUCUGGUGGGGGUUUGACGCUGGGGGCGAAAGUUGGGAUCGGGAUAGGCACGCCGAGCUUCUUGUUGGUACUGCUGCUGUGUUCUGUGCUCGGGUCAUAUGAAUACAAGCGGUACAGGAAAGGUCAAGUCCUGAAGCAUGGAGUCUCGGAAGGUGUUGGAGGAUUACAGAAGUUCAGCUAUGACUAUCUGAAGUGUGUUACGAAGGACUUUGCGAAUGUGUUGGGACAAGGUGGCUAUGGCGCUGUCUACCUCGGGGUGUUACCGGACGAUACAAGAGUAGCGGUCAAGCUCCUGAAUGAAGGUUUUCCACAAGAAUUCGAUUCAGGCUCAAACGAGGACAAGAGUUUCUUGGCAGAGGUGGCAACUCUCGCGAACAUACGCCACUCAAACGUGGUACACUUGCUGGGCUUCUGUCUGGAGGCUCCCAAGCAUCUACUGGUGUAUGAGUAUUUGGAGAAUAAGUCGCUGGACAAGGUCCUCUUCGAGCCGACCACACCGCUCACGAAGUGGAAGACCAGGAUGCAAAUUCUCAUAGGUGCAGCCCGAGGGAUCGAGUACUUCCAUAGUUACAGCGGUGACAGGAGAGUUGUUCACCGGGACAUCAAGCCGGCCAACGUGCUCCUGACUGCCGACUUCCACGCCAAGGUUGCGGACUUCGGGCUGGCCAAGAUCAUGGACACUGCGACUCAUACCACCAACUUCACUAUGCCUGGGACAGUCGGCUACCGGGCUCCGGAAUGCACCAUCAUCGGCGACGCCAUCACCGUUCAGGCCGACGUCUUCAGCUUUGGAGUCGUGUGCAUAGAAGUUGUAUCCGGGAGGCGGCUCGUGUACGUGGAACAACAAGGACGGACUCGGGUCCUGCUCUUCAGGAGGGCUCUGGAGCUCAUGCUGCAGGAGGAGUACAUGAAGCUGGUCGACGAGAGGCUUGCAGAGGACGGGAUCGAUGAGGACGAGGUGCGGAAGGUGGUGAGAGUUGCCGGCUGGUGCUUGCAGGAGGAUCCCAAGCAGAGGCCCACUAUGGACGCCGUGGUAGCACUGCUGAACGACGAUACCAAGGCCGUUGAAAUGCCACCGUUGGAAGGCAGCCUGCCGGCCUACGUGUUCAGGAACUUUGAGAGCGAGGAUGAAGUUUCGGUUGCAAGGUUGACCGGCGACACCCUUUCCGUCGGCUCAAGCUUGGCUCGUGAAUGAAAAUGAUUGUCUUGUCAAGUGUCAAGUCCGACCAAAUUGAAUUCAGCUCAA